UAGUGAUUACGACAUUCGUUGCCGAGUUUUCAGUUCCUUACGCCGAAGCACAGAUUCUUCGGCGUUACAGAAGCUGGUUUGGAAGUUAGGUCAUCCACUGGGGCAGAUUGAGACCUUACGACGUGUGGAAUCGAUCAAUUACGAUUUUUUGUGAGGCUACUGUGAUUGGGAUUUUGUAUAGGGAUCAAGGUUUCUAUCUUGGGUACGAUUGUUGUUACUCUUGCGAUUGCACGACAGAGAUGAGGAUUUCUUGAAUUGGACUAAGAAGAGGUUGCGAAUUGCACACCAUGGGGGUAGAUCUGGUGCGCGAGUGUCAGCGAUGCCUUGCCCAGGUGGCGGACGAAGUCGAGGGCGGGCUACUGUAUGUUGAUGAAGGAGCAGGGGAGUCUCUGCAUUACAUGGGAGGGCUACCCUUUGUGUUGCAGCUGGGUAUCAGAGCGAUUUGCAGCUUGGAGAAUGCUUCCCCCCUUGACGCUGCAGUUGCAUGGCAAGGGGGGCGGUUACUGAAAGUGGUGGUUCUUACUGCACGAUUACUCAGCGAUGCACACCGGUAUGUUUUGCGGUGCCUGCGGUGUCACCCCAAUGUCAAAAAGUGCACCAUCUUCACCUCUGUUUCACAGGAAGGGCAUUCGGCAUGUCUCGAGACUCCAUUGGGGCAUAACGCCUACCAAGAAUACAGGAGUUUAUUGCAACAAGAUCUACAAUCUUCUGGGAAAAGAGUAUCAUUAGAUGGGAGCUUCGGUUGGUCAGAAAGCAGAGAGAUAUCGGAUGAUUUUGAGAUCAUUAUUAGGCAUGUACCCUUGUUAAUGUGCGCCUUGGCCCCAAAUUUAUUCGUGCUACCUUCAGGUGGGGCAGAAGCCGAGUCCCCUCUUUCUGAUCUCAAGAGUGGUCCAUCAUUGGGUCCAGGGUUGCCACCCAUUGAUACGGGCGUGAUGUUUGACGUUGAUGACAGAGUACCGUCGGGGGCAUCCCUCCUUGGCCACUUUCUACACCAACUUACUUCUCAGCUGGAUGUAAAAGUGGACGUAUUCUCUUUGGGUCCACUCGCUCAUCUGGUUGGGAACCUAGUGACAGACUUGUCAUCAUCAAUCGUGUUAGAUCACGGUUCGCAACGAAAGUCGGCGGGCCUUUUAUUGGUAGAUCGGUCACUGGAUCUUAUCACUCCCACAUGUCACAACGAUAAUUUUAUGGAUCGUGUUGUAUAUUCACUUCUUCGCAGGCCUACAGUACUUCCCUCUUCACGCCCUCAAAUGACUGGCAACGAGUCUCAACCUUUGGCUCGGAAACCCAUGGACUUUCGUGUUCCAACAGUGAGCAGACGAGGUGAUGCAAGUAAAAUUGCAGAGUUUCCACUUUUGCCACUUAUGACUGGGUGGGAUCGCAAGGCACAGAAAGACCCUUCACAUGGACAUGAUGACAGUUCUGGUGCUGCGGAAGAUGACAUAGGGCAGAUGAUGGGUGGAUCACUUGCAAUUUCAUGGGAUCGUCUCGGGUUGUUCAGUCUAGAAAACAUGUUGGACAAAUCCACUAAAGACGCUACCCUCAUGAUAAGGAAGUGGUUUCACGAAGCUCUGAGACAAGAGAAGCAGCCGGUGCCUGUAAGGGCUCGUUUAGGUGCUAUGACCCCUGGAGAACUUGCUUCGCUGCAGGCAGCGUUGUCAGCUAAGCCAGAUAUGACAAUCCGCCAUGUGGAUCUUCUACAGGUGGCUAGGGCAAUGGAGGAAGUUCUGAGUGGGGAUAAGCGGUCGAAAUGGGAAGCCGUCAGCAGUGCAGAGAAAAUUUUAAGACUGAGUGUUAAUGAUGGAAGUCAAAGCAUUGCUCUUCAACUUAGUGAUAUGGUGCAACAGAUUUCUCAUGAUGGUAUGCUAGAUCUAAGCGAUGUGCUUACUUUAGCCAUUGUUGGGUAUGCUCUUGCUGGCGAGGCGAGUCCCAAGGGGCUCUCAAGUGGUCCGUUUGCAUGGCAAGAAGAGGCAGUUCUGACAGAAUCCCUUGUAGAUGCUGUAAUGAAAGGCCGCUCUGAUCUUGGGUUUUCCGAGCGUCUGAAAAGGGCACUCGAUGCUCACUGGAAAAAAUCUGAGGGCAAUUUCACACAAGGUGGAGUUGAAGAGAAAAAUGCUGAAAAGUUGACUACCAAUGACGACGAUGGCUGGGGGGAGUGGGAGGGUUUAGAAGAAGAUAUUGACGAUGGAGAUUAUGGAGAGACUCAAUUGAAGUUGGAGAUAAGGGACCGCCUACAAGAAGUUAUGUCUGUUCUACACUGUGUAUCACGAGCUCGGGCACGACUUCCUGUUGCUUUACGCUCUACUGAGGAGCAAGUUUUCCCUACGGGACUAUUACAGCAGGUGUUUUCAUUGAUAUUCGCAAAAGCUGAUGUUCCGGGACUGCACCAUCACUCAUCAAGUGUUGGUAAUUUUUUUAAGAGUGGCCUUGGGAGAUUUGGCCUUGGUCAGAGAUUACAACAGCCAAAGCUGGGAGAUUACAGGACAAUCAUUGUGUUUGUUGUUGGUGGAAUCAGCGGUUCCGAGAUUCGUGAGAUUAAGGAAGCUCAAAUGGGACACCCAGGGUCAGAGAGUGUAGAGGUUUUGAUGGGGGGUACAACAUUUUUAACUCCAUCAGAUAUGCGGGAUCUUCUUCUGGGUUCACAUUCACGAUCAUAAGCAAAUUUAUUUCUUUGCAUCCC